AUCCGUCUUGUAGCCGCACUCGUACUUCAGCAGUGAGUGUGUCGGGGUUCUGGGUUAUGAGGCGUGACCGAUUGGUGCUGUUAUAAGACGGCAUUUAUAUUGAUCUGACCCUGCUCGGUGAUCACACGUAUUUGAUCCUGAUACACCUGUAAGGACUGAAGUCUUUUUCAGAGUAAAUAUUUAUAUAUCCAGAGCAGUGUGCAAGGAGAGUACAAUUUUGCAGUGUGAAGAUCCAUGUUUUUUGGGCUUUAAGGUUGUAUCUUAUUGGGAUUUUUUUUGGGGUGGCGGAUUUAAAGCGGCAGUAAGAGCUGUUUGCCUGGAUUUGGGCCAAGGUGUGAGAAAGCUGGCAGCACGAUUGAUACCCUAGGUUGCCGUGGUUCUGGCGCCAGGAGCAGAAACGCACGGUCUGACUUUCUGAGCAGAGUCUCAGGAGUUGCUAAGGAGAGUUUGACAUCUGGAGCGCAAUGACGUCAAAUCCCACAUCUGCUGCUGUCCUCAAAGAUGUUGUCGCGUUUGUUGACGUCUGGUCCUCCAGCAAAACAGAGAAUUACUCUAAACCUUUCAUUAAGCAGUUACUGGACAUGGGGGCAGAGGUGUCCAAGACAUUUAACAAGCAGGUAACCCAUGUGGUCUUCAAACAUGGCCGUCAGUCCACGUGGGAUAAAGCCAAGCAAUUGGGUGUCAAGCUGGUUUCAGUGCUCUGGGUGGAUAGGUGUAAAGACAGUGGUAAACAUGUCGAUGAAGGUUCAUGUCCGGCGAUACAUGAGGAGAGCGUAGCAAAUAAAGUUCCCGGUAAACGAACGCAUCGGUGCAUGCAGCCCAGGGACGUCCCAGAGGUGACCCCAGAAAACAACUGGCGCAUGAAGAGGAAGCUGGAUCGCAUGAUGAAGGAGCUAGUACCCUCCUCACCCGUCUUUUCGGAUGUGUCACCCUUCCUUAUCGACGAAGAGAGUGCCAUCGUGUACAGCCCCUCGUCCAGGAGGGCAGAUGCCAUGGCAGAGCGUUUGAGGCAAAUGAAGCAGAGCCGGGAAAACCUCUCUCCGACGGCCUCACAGAUGACCACAUCGCAGUCAUCACCACAGUUUUCCUUUGACAAAGCCCGUCUGAUUGAGCUGCCCUGCACCUCUUUCUCACAGGAAGAUGAGGAGUCUGAGUGUGACGUAUCUUUUUCUGGCCUCCGUACAACCUUCACGCUUGAUGGUGAAGAGGCGCAGAAGCAGGGCUCCACAAAGGUGCCUUGUGAGGAAAAAGCAAAUAUUAAAAAUAAGGAGACCAGCACGAGGUCGCCAUCAAAUUCCAAUGUCAAAUCAGCCCACGAGCAAAGGAAAAUGCCAGGCCUCGAUGCUUUGGUCACGGAUGAGCAGGGAGCCCGAGCUGCAGAUAAAAAACCCAGGAGAUCAGCCAUAAUGAGAAAAGGUAGAGGGAGACUGACUAAGGCUGUGGUUCUUGGGGGAGAAUCAAACAAUCAAGACAUCCAGACAACCCUGAAAAGCAGAGAUGAAUGUAGGACGCCCACGCUUGUACCGUUGGGGGGUCACAUGCGAAAGGGAGGCAGCCAGACAAUUCUGGAGCCCCAAGAUCCUGCCGUACACGUCUGUGGGGCUUCUUUGGCCAAAAAGGCAGCGGAGGCAGACUCGGACACGAAGUGGAGACCCACCCUGCCUCUGACGUCUGCUCUCGGGCCAGAGAGGUCCUUGGGUGCUAAUGAUGCAGGGAGCCCUGGUACACCAGCACGUUCUUCCACGGCAGACAAUGAAGGGGUGUUCGAGGAUUACUUCUCUCUGGCUAACCAGCCAGACCAUAGUGGCCAUAGGUGUGCCCUCCCCGCCUGCCUGUCCCUUGAAUCAGAGUUUGUGGCACUGCCUCACCUGGAGCUAGAACCUACCUCAUGUAAAAGGAAGAGGACCAAGAGUAAUAUCAGGGGCAGGAAAAGGCGCCAAGCCCCCGACAGUGCCACCAGUGUCAUUUUGGACGGGAAUCUGGGCAGCAGAGAGACAUCUCAGGCCUCCCUCAGUGGAAGCAGUGGCCAUGCUGCUAGCCAGUCAGAUGGAUUGACAUUACUGGGCCCAAUCGCAGUGUGUGAAGGGACCAGUGAGAGGGAGGAGUCUUGUCUUCUGGUCUCCAAAGAGGACGGCGACUCGAAUGUGGAAAGCGGCAGGACUGCGUGUGUGACUGAUGUAAGCUGCAGCCCCUCCAAAAUGUUUAGCAAGCGGGAAAUGCAGGACAAAAAUGGGGGAUUGAAGGCCCAUGAAAAGAGGAAGGUGAAGAGGACGUUAGUGAUGACCAGCAUGUCGAGUGAUAACCGCCCUGUGUCUGCGAUCAGGAGGCAGAAUACCGUCCAGCAGGUGAUGGAGACCCUGGGUGGCUUCUCGCUGGCGGACAGUGUAUGCGAGAGCACCACGCACGUGGUGACGGGCAGCCCCCGGCGCACCCUCAACGUGCUGUUGGGUAUCGCCCGUGGCUGCUGGAUCCUGUCCUUCGAAUGGAUCCUGUGGUGUCUGGAGCAUGGUCGCUGGAUCCCCGAGGAGCCCUAUGAGCUGUCCGACCACUUCCCAGCAGCCCCUAUCUGCCGUCUCCAGCAGCACCUGUCGGCCGGCGAGCAUCAGCAGGACCUCUUCUCAGACCAGCCGGCCAUGUUCGUGUCGCCGCACUCCCAGCCGCCCAGCCUGAGCCUUGCCGAGCUCAUCCGGCUCUGCGGAGGCACCGUGUGCCGGAGCGUGAGGCAGGCCGGCCUCCUCAUCGGCGACUACCCUGGCAAGAAGCCGUCGGGGGCGCGCAGACUGUCCGAGCAGUGGGUGCUGGACUGUCUAACUCACCUCAAGCAGCUGCCCUAUGACAGUUACGACCUAGACUGAAACCACCAGAGGAGGCGUGAUGCCGCUGUACGGGAGGCGCCUGAGGGACCUUCAGAUGCCUUCUAUACUUUUUGUUGUAUGAGAAUGCUUCUCCAUUCCGUUAUGUGUUUCAUCUCUGCAUUUGAGCCUUGAACUCCUCUGUUACGUUUUGUUUUAUAAAUUCGUAUCUUUCCGUUUUCUUAGAUCAGUUUGUCAUCGAGUGAAAGUCAUUUUUUGCCUUUACUCCUAAUUUCUUUGCAGUUUUACGGCUGCAGGCCUACUAAACGUAAAGCAGAAAGUCACGUCGAAGGGGUUUUUACUGUGAAAAAUAUGGUGCAUCAAUAAUAAAAAAAUUCUUGUUUAAUA